GAUUAGGCAUACAUGGUGAGCAGAUUGAGUAAAGAAUUGAGAAAAUUUUUUGACAGCUGUCCUUUCAGCCCCCAGCCUAACCUUAUUCUCUUCUCGCAACGACCGCAGCGCCAGAAAACGGAGAGUCCUCUCUUUGUUCGAUUUCACCGGUGGGCUAUGGCCACCCAACUCAGAAGAACUUUGUUUGUUAAGUGAUGCUUGAAGUUGACACCAAACUCUUCCUUUUCCUAGGGCUUUUCUUACCGACUUCACGCCUGAUCCAAUUUCGAACAUCCGACUCAUACCCGACUCUCUCUCUCUCUCUGAUUAUUUUAUCCACCUGAACGGUUGAUUCUGACGCCAACAACAAUAGCAGCCAACGUUAGAAACGAUGCCAAAUUGAUCUCGAAGAACUGAAGAGGAGGAUACUUUAAAGUUUAAACUCUCUCUGUGAGAAAUUAAAUAACAAUAACACCUAUGGCUCUUCACUCUGCUGUUGCUCUUUGCUUUAGUGGUGUCAACUCGAAUCCUCGCAUUUCUUCCACUCGCUUUUCUGGUUCUACGGUUUUUAGAAGUGUGCCCUUUAGAGCAGCAUCCUUUUCUUCUCCGUCGUCGCCUCGUCGAUGUAGAUUGCAAGGUAAAGCAUCUCCAGGUGACAAUGGGCCACCUGGUGCAGAUGAAUCCUCACUUGUGGUGUGCUUUGGGGAAAUGCUAAUUGAUUUUGUCCCAACUGUUAAUGGACUUUCAUUAGCUGAAGCACCUGCAUUUAAAAAGGCUCCGGGGGGUGCCCCUGCUAAUGUUGCUGUUGGUAUAUCUAGGCUCGGUGGCUCAUCUGCUUUUAUUGGGAAGGUUGGUGAAGAUGAAUUUGGAUACAUGCUUGCUGACAUUUUAAAGGAGAACAAUGUGAAUAAUGAAGGAAUGUGUUUUGAUCCUCAUGCCCGAACUGCUUUAGCAUUUGUUACACUGAGGAGUGAUGGAGAACGUGAGUUCAUGUUUUACCGUAAUCCAAGUGCUGAUAUGCUUCUUAAAGAAUCAGAGCUUGACUUUGAGAUCAUUAAGAAGGCAAAAAUAUUUCAUUAUGGUUCUAUAAGUCUUAUUACAGAACCUUGCAAAUCAGCCCACAUUGUUGCAGCAAAAUCUGCAAAGGAUGCGGGUGUGCUUCUGUCAUAUGAUCCCAAUCUCAGGCUUCCAUUAUGGCCAUCUGCAGAGAGUGCCAGAGAAGGAAUUCUGAGCAUUUGGGACAUGGCUGACGUUAUUAAGAUAAGUGAAGAAGAAAUUUCUUUUCUGACAAAAGGAGAAGAUCCUUAUGAUGAUACUGUUGUCCGUAAACUUAUCCAUCCAAAUCUCAAAUUGCUUCUUGUGACUGAGGGCCCAGAUGGCUGCAGAUAUUACACUAAGGACUUUCAUGGGAGGGUUGGUGGUUUAAAGGUGGACGCUGUAGACACUACUGGUGCUGGAGAUGCUUUUGUUGCUGGAAUUUUAUCACAGUUGGCUACUAAUUUCUCCUUAAUUCAGGAAGAAGACCGACUACGAGAUGCUCUUAGAUUUGCAAAUGCUUGUGGUGCAUUGACAGUUACGGAGAGAGGUGCCAUUCCGGCUUUGCCAACUAGAGAGGCUGUGCUCAAAGCAUUGCUUAAUGCUGUCCCCUAGGUUUUGUGUUGUAAUGCGUGGAAGUAAAACCAGUCUUACAACCAUGAAGAGAAGUUUGUAAAGAUAUUUCUACUUGACUCAGUCCAGAAAUGUUAUCAUGAACUCUUUCCUGCAAGUGCAAUCAUAUCCAAGCUUGUAUAUAAUAAUAAAAUCCAAUUCACUCA